UCGGGUAACGCCUUCUUGUCCGGGGGCGGGCGGCCGGGGAGCUGCUGGGCUGAAAGGAGGAGAAGCUGACAACACGGAGGAGGCUUGCAGGGAGGUCCGGGAGGCUGGGCAGUCUGGCCGAGGACCGGGUUUGGGUUGGGGAGCAGCCCAGAAGCGCGGGUAAUGUGCCGCUAGGGUCGUGACCGCUUAGGGACCGAGGCAGGACCUGGCCAAACCUAGCCCGGAGGCCUCGCCUCCAUCGGGCCUCGUUUCCACCGGCCGGCUAGGCCUCCGCAGAAGCUUCUUUCCUUGCGAUCACCCCGGAUUCCUGCCCUGAUUUCCUGGUCCGCCGGGAGAUGGCCUCCCCGAGUCCCCCGCCGGAGGCAAAGAGCUAUCCUCAAGGCAAGAACUGAUUACAGCAAGCUAGCUGUUCCAGGGGUUGCUGACUGACAUUUGAGAAUGUGGCUGUGUUUUUUUUACCCAGGAGGAGUGGGAUUACCUGGAUGCCGCCCAGAGAAGCCUGUACAAAGAUGUCAUGAUGGAGAAUUACGGGAACCUGGUCUCCCUGGAUGUUUUAAACAGAGAUAAGAAUGAGGAACCAACUGUGAAACAAGAAAUGGAGGAAAUUGAGGAAGAUGUUGAAUCACAGAGUGUAAUAGUCACAAGAAUUAAAAGUGAAAUGGAUCAGGAUCCCAUGGGUAGAGAAACCUUUGAACUUGUUGGUAGAUUAGAUAAACAAAGAGGAAUCUUCCUAUGGGAAAUACCAAGAGAAUCUUUGACACAAGAACAGAGAAUGUUCAGAGGGAAUACUAACAUUCGUAAGAGACUAAACUCAGAAGAGAAAUGUCAUAAAUGUGAAGAGUGUGGAAAGGGUUUUGUCCGCAAGGCACAUUAUAUUCAACAUCAAAGGGUCCAUACUGGUGAGAAGCCUUUUCAAUGCAAUGAAUGUGGGAAGAGUUUUAGCCGCAGUUCGUUUGUUAUUGAACAUCAGAGAAUUCACACUGGAGAAAGACCCUAUGAGUGUAAUUACUGUGGGAAAACUUUUAGUGUAAGUUCAACCCUUAUUAGGCAUCAGAGAAUUCACACUGGAGAAAGACCCUAUCAGUGUAAUCAAUGUAAACAGAGCUUCAGCCAGAGAAGGAGUCUUGUUAAGCAUCAACGAAUUCACACAGGUGAAAAGCCCCAUAAAUGUAGUGAUUGUGGGAAGGCCUUCAGUUGGAAGUCGCACCUUAUUGAGCAUCAGAGAACACACACAGGUGAGAAACCCUAUCAUUGUACCAAAUGUAAAAAAAGCUUUAGUCGUAACUCUUUACUUGUUGAACAUCAGAGAAUUCACACUGGAGAAAGACCUCAUAAAUGUGGUGAAUGUGGAAAAGCAUUUAGAUUAAGUACAUACCUUAUACAACACCAAAAAAUCCACACUGGUGAGAAACCUUUUCUUUGUAUUGAAUGUGGAAAAAGCUUCAGUCGAAGCUCUUUCCUUAUUGAACAUCAAAGGAUUCAUACAGGGGAAAGACCCUAUCAGUGCAAAGAGUGUGGGAAAAGCUUCAGUCAGCUCUGCAACCUUACUCGUCAUCAACGAAUCCACACAGGAGACAAACCGCAUAAAUGUGAGGAAUGUGGAAAAGCUUUUAGUAGAAGUUCGGGUCUUAUUCAGCAUCAGAGAAUCCACACCAGAGAAAAGACUUACACAUACAAUGACAGUAAGGAAAGUUUUGACCCAAAUUCUAGUCUGAUUAUACAGCAGGAAGUCUACCCUAAGGAAAAGUCUUACAAAUGUGAUGAGUGUGGGAAAACUUUUAGUGUAAGUGCUCAUCUUGUACAACAUCAGAGAAUCCACACUGGUGAAAAGCCUUAUCUCUGUACUGUAUGUGGGAAAAGCUUCAGCCGGAGCUCAUUUCUUAUUGAGCAUCAGAGAAUUCACACCGGUGAGAGACCCUAUCUGUGCAGGCAGUGUGGUAAAAGCUUUAGUCAACUUUGCAAUCUUAUUCGGCACCAGGGUGUACACACAGGUAAUAAACCUCAUAAAUGUGAUGAAUGUGGGAAGGCCUUUAGCCGGAACUCAGGCCUUAUUCAGCAUCAGAGAAUACACACAGGAGAGAAACCUUAUAAGUGUGAAAAAUGUGAUAGAAGUUUCAGUCAACAGCGCAGCCUUGUCAACCAUCAGAAGAUCCAUGCAGAAGUGAAAACUCAAGAGAUCCAUGAAUGUGAUGCUUGUGGUGAAGCUUUCAAGUGCCGCAUAUCUCUUAUUCAGCAUCAAAAACUGCAUACAACAUGGAUGCAGUAAAUAUAGUGAAAUAUUUAAAUUCAGUUUGACUUGAAACUAGCUACCCAAGUGCAGUUUCAUUAUGACUCAUAAGAGUCAUUUAAUAGUAAAGCAUAUUCGUGUUGGCUUCCAGCAAGUGGGUUCUAAGUAUUCUCUUCAUAGUGGGCAGCUACCCGCUGGCACUGGAAGAUUUAUGUUACUCCUUGUUGUAAUGAUCAUAGAGAAACAUAAAUUAAUUACCUUAGCAUCUUUAACAGAUUUUCAGCAGAGAGGUUAAACCCAGGUUCAAAGAAUUUGGUUAUAGUUAAAGCAGGGACAGAAUAAUAGGCGGAACUAAGGAUCUGGUAACAGAUAAUAUUAAAAUAGAACUGUUCAAAGAGCCCUCAUCUAUCAUCUUAUAUGGUUGGUUCAGCUUUGUGAAAUGUUUGGCUGUGCAUGCCAAAGUUAGGUGAUUAACCGUUUGAUUAAGUUUUUGAAGAAAUAGUCCAACUUUUAUAACUGGUAUCCAAAGUUUUUGUCAUGUUUAAUUUCUAAAGCCAGUUGUCAGACAUGUGAAUUAAAUAAAGGCAUUUCUGGUGCCUUGUGGUUCCUGGAUCUGUGAAAUUAGUGUACCAUUAAUCUUACAUGUAGAAAUUAUGUGGGUCAUUAAGUCUAGCAAAGAUGUUACUAAGGAACCUUUAGGAGAGUGCCUUUUUUUUAAUCCAAGAUGGACCCAAGAAGGUGGAGGAAGACACUUAUUUUUGUGCCCUCCAUCUGUGAAAAAUAUUUGUAAUCCUAUACAAAUAAUGACUUCUCCUCUUCCAGUAGCAUGUGAAAGUGUACAUAUUUUGAUUAUCAAGAAUUGGAAAUAAAAAGACCUGAAGUCUGCUAAGAGGCAGAGAUAUUUUUUGUAUUUCUUUUAUUUUUAUUGUAACUAGACUCUGCAUGCAGUUUAAAAAUUCUUCUUAUUCUAGGGUUUACCUUAGUUUAUAGUUAUUACAAACUUAUUCAUCUGUUUUAAUCAUUAAACCUUCCUUUUUUUGU